GAGCCAAAGGAAAAGUUUAAGCAAAAGAGCAUUUUUGUAGGCUAAAAAUCUAGCCGUGUGUCGGUACAAAUCGACGAAAAAAAUGACUCAUUUGAAGUAUUUUGCACCGAUGCUAUUUGUAUGUAUGCUCGGUUUGAUUCCUUUUUCAAUGGCUAUUUCUCCCAACAACAUUUUCAUCCUCGGUGGUCAAAGUAACAUGGCUGGUCGGGGUGGGGUCGAAAAAGACCCAAACACACAAAAAAUGGUAUGGGAUGGAAUUGUCCCGCCAAAGUGUCAGCCCAACAAAUCAAUCCUUCGAUUUUCUGCUAAUUCGGUAUGGGAAGAAGCCCUUGAACCACUCCAUUGGGAUAUUGAUGUCAACAAGACUAACGGGAUUGGACCAGGCAUGCCUUUUGCCCAUGAGAUUUUGGCCAAAGCUGGUAACAAAAGUGGUGUCAUCGGCCUCGUUCCAUGUGCCAUUGGCGGAACUCACUUGAGAGAAUGGGUUAAAGGGACUCAAAACUACACAAGAUUGGUCAAUCGAAUCAAAGCUUCGGAAGCACAAGGAGGAAAAAUCCAAGGACUUCUUUGGUAUCAAGGAGAGUCUGAUGCUGCAGUGGAAGAAGAAUCUAAAUUCUACGAAAGUAACCUUACCAAGUUCUACACUGACUUGCGCACCGACACAAACCACCCCGACCUACCCAUUAUUUUGGUGAAGAUAGUAACUCAUGAUUUUUUCAUAAGUCCACUUAUAAACUUUCUUAAAGAUGUGUGGAAGGCUCAGGAGGAUAUCACACGCGAUCUUGUAAAUGUUAGAAUCGUGGAUGGGAAGCAAGCAGUGGGCAACUUUGAUACAGGCAUGAACCAAGAUGGAGGUCAUCUCAGUACCAAAUCUGAAGUGAAAUUGGGAAAAAUGUUGGCUGAUUCCUUCUACUCAAACUUUGGCAACAGGCUCACAGCUGCCUAGAAUUUCGCCAAUGAAAUGACCAACUGAAAGGAAAUAAGAAAAUUAAUGUCUUUUUACACGUGUAUUUUUGGGCACAGUGCGUCAAAUUUCAAUUCUUUCUAACUCAUACGUCUGAAAUAAGUUGUGAAAUUGUGAUAUGUCUAAGACCCCGGGGUUGAACUUUUCAAUGAUAUACUUGUCCAAAACUAUUGCACCAUUUAAUUUGUCGGUUGAAUUUUA